UUAUUUGCUCUCCGUUUAACCUCGGAACAGCGGAUCGAGGCGACUCCGCUCGGCCGCUUUCAGAGCUCUCUCUCCCCGCCUCUCUCUCUCUUUCUCUCUCUCUCUCCGUCGCCCCCUCCACCUCCUCCUCCCCUCCUCUUCCUACCUGAUUCAGAUCCGCUCCGGCGCUAUGCGUACGACCGCGUCUCUCCUCUCUGCAAGCCCAGCUCCGCCGGACAGACCCGCACGCUGCUGCCGCCUCUGACCGCCGGCCGCCCCGAGCACCCGACGCCGGCCGACGCGCCACCCAGGCCGGGCAACAGAAGCGGCAGACACCGCCGCUGGUCCACCCCCGGUGAAGCAGAAUUAGAGUUGGCGUCCAGGAGCCUGCCGGCCCAUUCCUCAUCCUCCACUGAGUCCACCCUCUUCUCCUCAGAGCUCCUCUCCUCUUACAGCUCCUCACCUGGUCACUUCUGUCUUCUACCAAACCCAUCAUGGCGUCCAAGCUCAACCCCAACGUCCUGUACGUGGCGGGGCCCGGCGAGUCCCUGGGGUCGCCUCAAGCAGACUCUGAGAGGACUCAUAUUGCUGGAGAAGCUGGAGAAGAGUCGUCAGACAGCGACGGGGAACAGGAAGAGACGUCGCACAAACUGAUCCGCAAAGUGUCGACUUCUGGACAGAUGAGGACGAAGAAAAGUGUGAAGGAGGGAAUCCUGUUAAAGCAGACGAGCUCCUUCCAGAGGUGGAAGAGGAGGUACUUCAAACUCAGAGGGAGGACCCUCUACUAUGCCAAAGACUGCAAGUCCCUGAUUUUUGAUGAAGUGGACCUUUCCGAUGCCAGCGUGGCUGAAACCAGCACCAAGAACAUCAACAACAGCUUCACAGUGAUCACUCCAUUUCGUAAACUGAUGUUAUGUGCCGAAAGCAGGAAGGAGAUGGAAGACUGGAUCACUGCUCUCAAAUCCGUCCAAAAAUGGGAAACCUACGAGGCCAGUCAGUUCAACAUGGAGCAUUUCUCUGGGAUGCACAACUGGUACGCCUGUUCCCACGCCAGGCCGACCUUCUGCAACGUCUGUCGGGAGGCGCUGCCGGGCGUCACCUCCCACGGCUUGUCCUGUGAAGUCUGUAAGUUCAAGGCUCAUAAGCGCUGUGCAGUUCGCUCCACCAACAACUGCAAGUGGACCACGCUGGCCUCCAUAGGAAAUGACAUCAUUGAGGACGAGGAAGGGGUGUCGAUGCCCCACCAGUGGCUGGAAGGCAACCUGCCCGUCAGCGCCAAGUGUGUGGUGUGUGAUAAGAACUGUGGCAGCGUGAGGCGGCUGCAGGACUGGCGCUGCCUUUGGUGCAAGGCCAUCGUCCACAGCAGCUGUAAGGAACAAAUGGGGAAGGUGUGUCCUUUGGGUCAGUAUCGGGUGUCCAUCAUCCCUCCCACUGCACUCAACAGCAUCGACUCUGACGGCUUCUGGAAGGCCACCUCGGCGUCGUGCUCCAGCCCUCUCCUGGUCCUCGUCAACUCCAAAAGCGGAGACAACCAGGGGGUGAAGUUCCUCCGCAAGUUCAAGCAGCUCCUGAACCCGGCUCAAGUCUUCGACCUGAUGAACGGAGGACCAGAGCUCGGCCUUCGCCUUUUCCAGAAGUUUGUGACGUUUCGUAUCCUGGUAUGUGGAGGAGACGGCAGCGUGGGCUGGGUGCUCUCAGAGCUGGAUAAACUCAACCUCCACAAACAGUGUCAGCUCGGCGUGCUGCCUCUGGGAACAGGGAACGAUCUGGCUCGUGUUUUGGGAUGGGGAGGCCUCUGCGACGACGACGCUCAGCUGCUGCAGAUCCUGGAGAAGCUGGAGAGAGCCACCACCAAGAUGCUGGACCGAUGGAGCGUGAUGACUUACGAGGUCCCCGCCACCAAUAAACACACGCCGAUGGUGAAGGAGGACGACGGCCUAGAUUCUCCUCUACAGGUCCACAUCACUCAGUAUGCCGACUCCGUGGCCUCCCAUCUUGCCAAAAUCCUGGACUCGGACAAACACAGCGACGUCAUUUCCUCCGCCAAGUUCCUGUGUGGGACGGUGAAUGACUUCGUGGCGGAGGUGGGGAAGGCGUACGAGAGAGCCACGGAGAACAAGGAGGAGGCCGAUGCCAUGGCAAAGAAGUGUGCGCUGCUGAACGAGAAGCUCGAUUCCCUCGUAAAGGCCUUGAGUGAGGAAGCCGAAGCUCAGGUGGUGCCCGCGGGUUCGGUUCCCAGCCAAGAGAGCGGCGGUUCGAGCCCCGGGGAGAGCGGCGGCGAGUCGGGCUCUGAGGGUAAAACGUACCGGUCCAAGGAGCAGCUGAUGCUCCGAGCCAACAGCCUGAAGAAAGCCCUGAGGCAGAUCAUCGAGCAGGCCGAGAAAGUGGUGGACGAACAGAACCGACACACGCAGGUCCAGAGGAUGUCGUCGUCGUCCUCCAUCAAACGGGAAAACAGCGAGGAGCUGAAGGACGCCGAGCCACGUCCGGGGGGUUUGAGUCCGACGUCCCCCAUCGUCCUGGAGAAGCCAGAGAGCCUCCAGACGGUGACCUUCAGUGAGGACUCGGUACAAUGCUCAGAGAAGUGUGUGAUGAACAACUACUUUGGAAUCGGUCUGGAUGCAAAAAUCUCCCUCGAGUUCAACAACAAGAGAGACGAGCAUCCCAAGAAAUGCAGCAGUCGCACCAAGAACAUGAUGUGGUAUGGAGUCCUGGGAACCAAAGAGCUGGUCCAGAAGACCUACAAGAACCUGGAGCAGCGAGUCCAGCUGGAGUGCGACGGCGUCCCCAUGUCUCUGCCCAGUCUGCAGGGUCUGGCCGUCCUCAACAUCCCCAGCUAUGCAGGAGGCAUCAACUUCUGGGGAGGCACCAAGGAGGACAACAACUUUGGCGCUCCGUCGUUCGAUGAUAAGAAGCUGGAGGUGGUGGCCGUGUUCGGCAGCAUGCAGAUGGCCAUGUCCAGAGUGAUCAACCUGCAGCACCACCGCAUCGCUCAGUGCCGGCAGGUGAAGAUCACCAUCCUGGGGGAGGAGGGCGUUCCUGUCCAGGUGGACGGAGAGGCCUGGAUCCAGCCGCCCGGCAUCGUCAAGAUCGUCCACAAGAACCGAGCCCAGAUGCUCACUAGAGACAGAGCAUUCGAGAGCACGCUGAAGUCGUGGGAGGACAAGAGGAAGAUUGACAGCUACCGCGCCACCAGGCCCCGCCUUAACUCCCAGCAGUCCAUGGAGUACCUGACGGAGGAGGAGUGCGCUCAGGUCCAGCAGCUGGGCAUCGUGGCCGACACGCUCAUCAACAAAAUCCGCGAAGCAGCCAAGACCCACAAGCUGGUGGAGCAGGAGCUGGCUCACGCCGUCAACGCCACCGCCCUGGUGCUCACCGAGGCCAAACUGUCCAGCCCCGAGUGUCUGAGUCGCAGCACUGCAGUGGAAAUCGUCAACAGCAGUAAAGUUCUGCAGGCAGAAACCAGGAUGCUGCUGGAUGGAAAGCUGCUGUCGGAGUCUCCGGAGGAAGAGGAGCUGCGUUCGACUCUGAACAGCCUCAGUGCUGAGCUCCACAAGCUGGACGACAUCCACUGGAUCUGCCCGCUGAUGCAGUGCUCCGAGGAGGACUCGGUGAGGGGCAGCAGCAAGAGCAGCAGCAGUAUGAAGCUGAAGAUCAUCCCCAAGGUGAAGAAGGAGAGAGAGAAGCUCCACAAGCAGAAGUCCAACAGUUCUCUGUCGGGAACUUGGGAUAUCAAAGGUGGAGCUGCAGAGGCCGAUUCUUCAGGCAACUGAAGUCCUGACGAGGUGCUUUAUUUCCAUCCCAUCACCCGACCGACCGGGUGAGGAUCCUCCUCUCUAACUGCCACGCUCAGUGGCUUCACAGAGGUGUUUGGGAAAAAAAGGAAAUCCAUCUUUCCAACUUUUCUGCUCUCUUUCCUCCACGUUUUACUUCUGGUGUCAUCGUUUUAUCUGCACAGCGGGAGGAUUUCUCUUUUUUUUCCCCUGUUUUUCUUGAAUCUUUUUGAAGGGACCUGGCUUCACACGACGUUGUUUCACCGAUAGUCUUUGGUUGUGUUGGUGUGGCCAGCAGCAAACUGAAGGCGAGGGAGGUUCGGAGCAACCAGCGUCCACCUUGUUUGAUUUAUUUUUUUUGACAAAGAAAUGUGUUUACGUGGUUGCUCUCCUUGCAUGUCGAGGGCAGCCAUCUUAUUUUAUAUCUACUAUUCUAAGUUGUUACAAUCUUCUGAUUUUUCUCUCUAACUUAAUCAUUUUAUUUCUAGACUUCAGAAUAGCCUUUGAUUUUUUUUCUGAUUGUGAUAUUUAUUUAGUGUUGCUACUGCCAUGAAAACUCCGACAGCAACUAAUCGAAAAAAAUGAACAAACUGAAACAUCUCAAACCUUAUCGUCUACUGAACUGGAGAAUAUCUUUAAUGUUGCAAAAAAUAUACCGAGGAAUGUACUUGUGUGGACUUGUAUUAACCUGUGAAUAAUGUUAAAUCAUGUAUGAUUUCGCAAAGGUUCUACUGUUGUGGUCCUAAAGUGGUUCUUAAUAGGCUGUUGUGUGGUCCGAGGCUGCAGAAAGAAUCGUCUCCGCCGUGAGUCAUUUCAUCCGACUGCAGGAUUUUAAAGUACGCCGCUCACUUUUUAUCAAGGCCCAAAGUGUGACUUAUGUGGGAGUCAAAAGAAAUCUCAUCCCACUGUGCGUCUUCUUGCUGCGUUUUGCCGCAGCGGCAGAUGAAAUGACUCAGCGAGGGAGAUAUUUUCAGCAGCGUCUGGUUCGAGGUGUUUACAAAAGGAGGAAGCAUCAAGGACGCAGCAGCGAAACAUUACAGCUACUCAGUGUACUACUCCUACUUUGCCAUAUUCAUGAUUGUAUCUGUAAUACAAGAGUCAGUGGAUAUUUGAGUUUGCCUUGUCCGUGGUUAAAAGCUAUUAUUAUUAUUAUUAUUAUUACAAAUAUAUAUAUCUAUUUUUUGUAUAUCUUAUUUUCCCAAUGGUAACCUGUGAAGCCGAGCUUUGCUGCUUCCCCCUUUGACGGACUCCUUGGCCACCGUGCAUAUAAUAGUCGAAGCCAGUUAAUGCCGUUGUGUGUCCCUGCAUGCAUACUUAGCCUUCCUUCGCCUCACAGUGGAAAUCGCCUCAUUAUAGUGAACUUUAGCUCGUUUGUUCCAGCCGGAGACGUUUUGGUUUUAACCUGCAGGAAAAGAAAAAAGGUAGAAAAUUUAACGUCCAAACUUUAGGAGAGUGUACUGAUUUACAGCCUGAAUGCCAAUGAUAGGUUUUUCCAAGGAGGUUAUAACAAACACUGGUAUUUAUAUCUAUUUGGUUUAUGUGGGGCCAGAGAGAUGAUUUUGGAUGAAAAUGCUGAUGUUUAUUGGUUUUUCCAGGAAUUAUCCUUAGAUUAAUACUCUGAUGUUUUGGGAUGUUCACUUUUUUGCUGUUUUAACUCGAGACAGAUGAGAAUAAUGCCUGUUUUGUUUUUUUCCAUCUGUGCACUCGGUAAUGAAAUGGAAUUUAAUUUAAAAUGGAAAACAUUCAGUUGCAGUAAAGGUAAAAUACACCUCCCAGCUACGACAAAAUGCGUUUUAUCUGCUGGGUUUUAGUGCCAAAGUGUUCAUUAUGAGCUCCUGUUAACACCAAGCCUCAGUGUGUGUUUUGUCUUGCUGAAGAUGUUAAACAUAUUAAAAGACAACUUAAUUGUAGAUUUGUGAGCAGCUCGUCUUGAAGCUAGCUCAAUACUGAAUGCACAGAAAAAAGAAGUGGAAAAAAGGUGAAAUUUGUGAAAUGCCAGAGUGUUACUUAAAGCCAUAUGUAAUGUUCACUAGUCAAGCAAAAACCUGACUAAAAUAUGGGUUAAAAAUAUCCUUGGCUGCGCAAAUUUACAGCCAAAAGAAAAGUAAAAUCAGCCUUCCACCGUCACCAAACGUGUUAUUUUGUUAACACAGUGUUGGUUUUAAUCACUAAAAAAGUUUACAGUCUAAGCUAAAUGACAUUUAAAUGCUGUCUUCUUUGACUAAGCUUAAACUUAACUCGUAGAAAACAACCUAAUUCUUUGAGGUUUGCCAAACUUGGCUGUAUUUUUGACUCUACAAAUUAACUAUUCUUGAAGCUAACUCUCCACUGAAUGGACUGAAAAAAAGGCGUGACGACUAGUCAGGCUAAAACCUGAGUCAACUGCAAAGUAAAAAUGUUGUUAGCUGUGCAAGUUUACAGUGAAAUUAGCCUUCCAGCAUCAACAGUAAUGUGUUAUUAAGGCGUAUUUUGUUAGCACAGUUUUGAUUUUUAUACUAAAACGUUUACGGUUGAAGCUAAUUGCUAUUUAAAUGCUGUUUUCUUUUACUAAACAUAAACUUAAAUUAUAGAAAACCACCUCGUUGUGGCUGUAUUUUUGCCUCUACAAUGUAAGUAGCUUGUCAAAUGUUAUCUUGAACCUAACUCUAUACUGAAUGGAUAGAAAAAGAUGUGUAAUACAGCAAAAAAAGGUGAAUUUCCUUAAAUUACAUAGCCAGGAUGUAAUAAACAAUUAAUGUUCAUGAGUCAAGCUAAAACCUGAGUCAACUAUGAAGGAAAAACGUUGUUAGUUGUGCAAGUUUACAGUAAAAUUAGCCUUCCAGCAUCACCAGUAAUGUUACUUAGAUGUAUUUUGUAAGUGCAGUUUUGUUUUUUAUUACAAAAAGGUUUACAGCUACUUCACUUUAAAGGCUUCUUAGGUUAAAGUUAAAAAAAAAUGGCAGUGUCUAAGCUAAUUGAUGUUUAAAUGCUGUCUUUGUUUGCUAACGGUAAAAUUAGUAAAGUUAGAAAACAAGUUAAUGCUUAGAGAUUUGGCUAAACUCAUCUUGAAGCUAACUCUAUGCUGAAUGGAUAGGAAAAAAAAGACAGCAAAUAAGUGAAUUCAGUAAAAUGUUGGGUUAUUACAUGAGAAAGUUUGAACAGCCAGCAUGUAGUAAUGUUCGGUGUCAAAUACUAGCUAAGAGUUUACAUUAUAUCAUUUGGAAAACAGCAUUUUGGCGUUAAAAGCUUUGCCAGAAUCUCACUUAAACUAGCAAAAAGGCGAAUUUUGUAAAUUGUUGGAGUAUUACUUGAAAGGUUUAAAUUCGCAGGACGUAACAAAGAAGGAAAGCUAAAAAGCAAAGCUAGCUACAUGAUUUCGAGGUUAUUGUAAAUGAGGGAAAAGUUUAGUUAGUUUGUGACGAACGCCACCACAUUGAAAAAUACAAAAGGGACAAAAAAAAUUCAUUUACACAUUUUGCCUCAGGUCUGUUGAAGUUAAUGUUUGGAGCUUUAGCUCAAACAUGAACAAGGCGGGAAACUUGUAAAGGAUCAUUUCUGUGCUUUAUUUUUGAUUUUCAGAAAUGGUCGUUUUGUUGAACUAACCCUUGGAGCUGCUGUGAGGCGUCGAUCCAUGUCCAGCUCUGGUAGAUUGUGCUACUGUAUCCAUAGUGUGCCGGCUAUUCGCUCUACACCUUAGAGGCUUUAGUGGUGUCGUGCCAAGUUCGUAGUGACUUCAGUGGGUUAUGAAACAUUCAGGGUGUGUGAGAGAGCGUGGGAGCUUGCAUUUGAUGCGAAAGUUGUCGUACAUUUCAGAGUUUACUGUAUCUUGCCUUGCACUUUACGAAGAAGCAAACUUAACGGGGGGGAAAAAGACAUUUUGCGUGUAUGUGUGUGCGUGCGUGUUCAGAGUGUUUACGAGCGUUUUUUUUUUUUUUUAAAUUGAUUUGAUGACAAGAAUCUUUUAUUUAUGACAAAUGUAUACGGACAAAAGUGUGUCGAUGAAAUGUAAUAUAUCUAACCAAUUGUAAAAGAAUGAUAAAUAUAUAGAAAUGUAUACACAAAUGUUACAUCAGUGGUUGUACAAUUGCUCCCCUUGCCGAUGUCAUUCCAUUGUUGCACCAAUUUGCAUUGACAAAGUAAGUUUAUUUUAACUUUAAGCCAAAGUUAUUGAGACUUUUAAGUGUUAUUCAGACUAUUACGCAAAGAGAAAUGUUCAGUUUGUGUUAUCGAUGAUAUUUAGUUGAAAUGUUUCCAUAAUUUUUGCUUUGAUUGGCUUUUGCUGUGCUAAAAAUGACCACGAAGAUAUUGGACGCACACAUGGAAGCCAUUUUUGGAUAACUAGUUGCCUGUGUUUUAGUGAUUUUAUCGCCUUAUUUUUAUUAACGCGUUGCAGAAUUUUUUCAACAUCAUUUUGGACUGAAACUCUUCCGUCCGAGGAGUUACCUGGAGGUGACGAGGAACUGAAACGAAUCCACAGAUGCCAUGUUUGUGCAACAGUAUUCCAUAGAGAACAUUUGUGAACGCAGCCCUGAUCUGAACAGCCUCUACUGUAUAUCCAGACUGUGUGCUCAAUGCUGGAAGCCAGACUAGAUGUUGCACGACCUUGUACGUUGCGAGGUGUUUUAUUGUGUUAUCGUGUGCAGUGUGUAACAAAGACAAAGUCAGUGCAACCCUCUGGAGAUUAAAUGAAUUAUUCAAGUGUGAA